GAUUCAACGACAUUAUUUCAAUGACUACUCAAAACACUCAUAGUUUUGUCUUCUUUAUGUUAUUAGGUAUAGGGAUAUGUUCUGCAGCCAGAACAAUCCUACACUAUAAAGAGCCUGCCCAUGCUCCUACUGUCAGCUAUGGUGCAGGCUAUGUCGUCGGUGGUGAUGGUGGAUCGGGGUAUAGAGUUAGUGGUGCUACAAGUUAUGGUGGUGUUUGGGGAUAUGGUGGCGUAGGAGGUGCAGGAAGUGGUGGGGGUUAUGGAGUGAUAGGAGAACAUGGCGCUCCUAGCUAUGGAGGUGGUAGUGGUGGUGGAAAAGGCGGUGGCGUUGCCUAUGGAGGUGCUAGUGGACAUGGUGGCGGUGGCGGUGGUAGUGGUGCUGCAAGACAUGGAAGUGGGAGUGGUGAAGAAGGUGGUGCCAGUCAUGGUGUUGGUGGUGAACAUGGAGCGAGCGGCGAUGGUCGAGGUACUGGCAGUGGCAGUGGCGGUGGCUUUGGAUAUGCUGGAAAGCAUGGCAGUGGUUACAGAGGUGGAAAAGGUGGUGGUGCCGGUGGCAGUCAGGGUGCUGGUGGCAAACAUGAUAAAGGCCAUGGAGGAGGAGGCGGACAUGGUGCUGGUGCCGGAGGAGGCAACGGACAUGGUGUUGGUGCCGAAGGAGGUUAUGUUGUUGGAGGAGCUGGAGGUGGAGCUAGUGGUGGCUAUGUAGGUGGUGCAGGAGGAGGUGGCGAACAUGGUGGUGGUGCUGGAGGAGGCAGCGGACAUAGUGUUGGUGGCAAACAUGGUGCUGGUGCCAUUGAAGGCGGCGAACAAGGUGGUGGUGCCGGUGGCAAACAUGGUGCUAGUGGAAAACAUGGCGAAGGCAAUGGAGGAGGCAGUGGACAUGGUGGUGCUGCCGGAGGAGGUUAUGUUGCUGGAGGAGCAAGUGGUGGAGGAGCUAGAGGUGAAGCUAGUGGUGGCUAUGCAGGUGGUGUAAAAGGAGGCGGCGGAGAUGGUGAUGGUGCCGGAGGAGGCGGCGGACAUGCUGAUGGUGGCAAACAUGGUACUGGUGCCAUUGGAAGCGAUGAACAUAAUAGUAGUGCCAAUGGCAAACAUGGUGCUGGUGGCGAACAUGGUGUUGGUGCCAUUGGAGGCGGCAAACAUGGUGGUGGUGUCGGUGGUAAACAUGGUGCUAGUGGAAAACAUGGCAAAGGCCAUGGAGGAGGCGGCGGACAUGGUGGUGGUGCCGAAGGAGGCGACGCACAUGGUGUUGGUGGCAAACAUGGUGCUAGUGCCAUUGGAAGCAACAAACAUGGUGGUGGUACUGAUGGCAAACAUGGUGUUGGUGGCAAACAUGGUGCUGGUGCCAUUGGAGGCGGCGAACAUAGUGGUGGUGCCGGUGGCAAACAUGGUGCUAGUGGAAAACAUGGCGAGGGCUAUGGAGGAGGUGGACAUGGUGGUGGUGUCGGAGGAGGUUAUGCUGUUGGAGGAGCAAGUGGUGGAGGAGCUGGAGGUGGAGCUAGUGGUGGCCAUGCAGGCGGUGCAGGAGGAGGCGGCGGACAUGGUGGUGGUGCCGGAGGAGGUGACGCAUAUGGUGCUGGUGGCAAACAUAGUGCUAGUGCCAUUGGAAGCGACAAACAUGGUGGUGGUGCCGAUGGCAAACAUGGUGCUGGUGCCAUUGGAGGUGGCGAACAUGGUGCUGGUGCCGAUGGCAAACAUGGUGCUAGUGGAAAACAUGGCGAAGGCUAUAGAGGAGGCGGCAGACAUGGUGGUGGUGCCGGAGGAGGUUAUGCUGCUGGAGGAGUAAGUGGUGGAGGAGCUGGAGGUGGAGCUAGUGGUGGCUAUGCAGGUGGUGCAGGAGGAGGCGGCGGACAUGGUGGUGGUGCUAGAGGAGGUGACGGACAUGGUGGUGCCGAUGGCAAACAUGGUGCUGGUGUCAUUGGAGGCGGUGAACAUGGUGGUGGUGCCGAUGGCAAACAAGGUGCUGGUGGAAAACAUGGCAAAGGCUAUGGAGGAGGCGGCGGACAUGGUGGUGGUGCCGGAGGAGGUUAUGCUGUUGGAGGAGCAAGUGGUGGAGGAGUUGGAGGUGGAGCCAGUGGAGGCUAUGCAGGUGGAGGAGGAGGUUUCGGUGGUGGCAACGGCUAUGGAGGUGCAUAUGGAGGACGAGGUGGUGGUGAUGGUGGUGGCCAUGGUGCUGGUGGCAAACAUGGUGCUAGUACCAUUGGAGAAGACAAACAUGGUGGUGGUGCCGAUGGCAAACAUGGUGCUGGUGGCAAACAUGGUGCUGGUGCCAUUGGAGGUGGCGAACAUGGUGGUGGUGCCGGAGGAGGCGGCGAACAUGGUGGUGGUGCCAUUGGAGGUUAUUCUGCUGGAGGAGCAAGUGGUGGUGGGGUUGGCGGUGGAACUAGUGGUGGCUAUGCAAGUGGUGCAGGCGGAGGAGUUUUCGGUGGUGGCAGCACCUAUGGAGGAGCUUAUGGAGCUGCAUAUUGGAGACAAGGUGGUGGUGAGAGCGGUGGUUAUGUUCCUUGAAAUUACCUUUACUACUUCUUUGUCACCAAAAGCUUCACCUCUUCUUACCUAUAUUAAAUUAUUAUUAGUAUUAAUAAGGUGAAAAAAGCUAGGUAAAAAGUCGCUUUUGGUCCCUGUAGUUUGGCACUUCAACCAUUUUUGACCUUAUAGUUUCAAUUCCGUCAACUUUGUCAUUGUAGUUACAUAAUUGUAGUAAUUUAAGGACCAUUCUAAUUUCCAUCAAA